AAUUACUAAAAAUUAUUUAAGCAAAACAAUAUUACAAAGCUUAUAAAAUCGCAUACACAUCAACCUCAAAAAUUAAUUUACUUAAAAAAAAAAAAAUCCAAACUAAUUAAUUUACUCUGUACAACAACGAAGAAAGUACGAGUAAAUUCGAAAAACCUGAAUUUCAAAAACUCAAAAGAAAAACACUCAAGAACUCACUUGCUCAGCUGCAAGUAAGCGCAGCAGCAACAAAGUGCAAGAAUAAAAAUUUGCAUCUCACACGCUUUUCCAAUUUCCAUUUAUAAACGGAAAGCUGCGCGAGAGCACACACACGCCAAAGAACGAAAUAACAAUUGCAACAGCAACAACAAAAACAUCAGCUAAAGCAACCGCUGCAUAGACAACGCGGAGUCGCAAUUGCUUGAAGUUGCAGCGCUAGUGCAAAAAAGCCAACAACAACAAAAAGUUAUAUUAAAUCAAAUUUAGUGCAGAAAAUUUCGCGCUCUCUUUUGGCCGUGGCGACGUGCUGUUGCAGCAGUCGUGCCAUAACGCAGAAAACAGUUAGUCAUCAACGGCGCUUGCCAACAGAGUGACUCGAACUAGUACAUGCCACAAGAGUGAAGCAGAAAGUGCGCGUAGACAAGCCGGCAAAUAGCAAAGAACUACGCAGCGAAAAAUUGAGGAAAAAAUAUUUGAAAUUUGAAAAUUUUUAUAAGAAAUUCUUAAGGAAUUUCCGUGAAUGUGAUUAUUAGUGCAUACUUGAACCCACAAUUAAGCCAAGACACAAACCAAACAAAGUAGAAAUACCAAAAUUAUUUCGAACCGAAAGAAAAGACUGAUUUGGAUUUGAAACUUCCAAGAAGUUUUGAAUUCAAAAAAUCGUGUGUAAGUAGAGAAGCGAAAGCGAGGUUCCUGCCUCAGAUAGAAGAAGAAUUGUGACGUUUUCAAAACUGCACAAUUGCGCGUGCUGAAGUGCUAGUGAAGGUUCCUGUUAAACGUUAGAAAGCAAAAACCAAAAAAAAAAACCAAAAAGUGACAAAAUAUUAUUAAUUUGCGCUUAAGUUCCGACUAAACGCGUUUCUAAGUGCUUAAGGCAAACAGCUGGAAAACCCCGUUUAACAACUACAGUGACUCAAACCAAAUUUGCCUAGACCAGAAAACCAUUUAAAUCCAACUUAAUAACCUUUGACAUUUCCGCUGCGCUGCUGCUGAGCGCUCAAUAAAAAAAUCCACAACAACUUCAACCCAACUACAGCUUACAACAAAUCCACGUUCAGAAAACACUACACCACACCAAUCGACAAGUGCGCACGCGCCACUUAGAACAACAAUGGCCAACGGUAACGGUAACAACGCAAGCGCCGCCGCAACUGCUGUCACCAGCAAUGGUGAAGGCAACGGCUUGGCCACCAAUGGCGGCAUAAGCACCACUACGACGAAUGGUGUUGGCACAACAGUCGCUGAGCAUUUGAAUGGCGGCGGUGGUGGUGAGAACGCAGAGCAUGUCAACGCCACUCCAACUGGCCAGGACACUGGCAAUGGUAAUGGCCACGAUGCCGCUGAUACUGAGACGGGUGGCGCUGCAGCUGGCGGCGAUACCACAGAAGGCGGCGACGGUGGUGGUGGUGGUGUGGGCGGUAGUGUUGGUGGUGGUUUAGGCGGUGCCGCUUCCACCUCAUCAAUGGGCGGCGAUGAUGCUGGCACCGAUGCGGGCGCCAGCUCAUUGCCACCGUCCGAAGAGGCGGGCGGUCGUCCGCCACUCGAUACCGCUUGCUCUGAUGGCGGUGGUGGUCCGUCGAGUUUGGGUGGUGGCAUGGUUGGACCACCAAGUCCACUAACCGGUUGCUAUCUGCUGAUCGUGCUGGGUGAGCCACAUUCGGAGGAGCAUAAGGAUAAUAUAUUGCAGCAUUUGUUGAAGGGUUUUCUCUCUUGGGAUGUCGGCGAUUGUCACGUCGAUUUGGAGGAGGAACUGAAUACGAUAACACAAAAUCCACCGGAUGGAGAGGAAGCCCGUCAUGGCGAACGACUCAUUCAGUAUGCUAGUGAAAAUCUAGUCACUGAAGUGCUAAUACAUCCUCAGUACAAUACACUUAUACAGUGUAUGCGUAAUUUGCUGAGUAGUUUUACACGGCAUCGUCACAUAAUACACGCUGGCUAUACGUUCUCUGGCAAUGGUUCCUGGAUAUUGCAGGAUGGAACCUUUUCCGUCUCCGACUUCUCGGAGGCAUUUCAAGAGCACGACGUACAGCGCGUGCUACGCGCCUACGCCGAUACGAUCACAAUGAAUAUUCAUUGUGCCGAUGCCGGUCACUGGCACAGCGUGCCACACAAAAGUUUUGCACGCCUCUGUAAAAUACGUAUUAAUCCCGUGGACGUGCUGGAUACAAGCAGUGAAGGUAUCAACGCCUUUAUUGAUUACCUGGCACCCAUGCUUGUGCCUACUUCACUGCGUGAACUGCUUGAGACUUCAGAUGUUGUGGGCAAUAUACGCUUUACACAUCCUACACUUUACGUCUUCCCAGGUGGUCAGGGUGAUGCUGCGCUCUUCGGCAUCAAUGGUUUUAAUAUGUUGGUCGACGGCGGUUUCAACCGCAAGGCUUGCUUCUGGGAUUUCGUACGCCACUUGGAUCGCUUGGAUGCCGUCCUCUUGACACGCCUUAACAACAGCAACAUUCAGGGCAUAAGUUCGGUGGUUUCGCGUAAGCGUGACGCUCACGUCUAUCCACAAAUCGGACAUUUCUUCGGUAACGUGCCCGAUCGCAAGGGUGGCCUGCCCAGUCCCGACGGUGAUAAGGAUCGCGACCCUCUUUUAGUUGAUCUCUUCGAACAUGGCCACAAUUUAGUAAGUGAUCUGAAGUCGCUGGACCUGAAGCCGCAAACCUGCUAUCGCAAUCAAGACCCUAUCAAUUUGUACCACAAAGUUGGCCAUGGCACAUUGGAUAUGUAUGUGAUCAGCCCCGCUCGCGAUUCCAAAGAGGUUAAAGAGUUUUUAGCAAAAUGGCACUCAGGCGAUCAACGCUUAUUCGCCGCGCGCGAUUCGCGCGAGUUCAACUUCCCACUGCAGAACUUGGUGUCCAUUUGUGCAUUGCUUGUCUGGCAGCCAGCCAACCCAGAUGACACCAUUACCCGUAUACUCUUCCCCGGCAGCACACCAGAUUUUAAGAUACAGGAAGGUUUGGAAAAGCUCAAGCAUUUGGAAUUCAUGAAACACUCUACAUGUACUGCCAAGUCUAUUGCACCAACUAUACAGACUGUGGUGACGACACGUAAGACAUUCAAGUCCGCCAUUGGAGCGCCUAUCGAGCCGAUGGGCGUACCGUCCAAAGCAAUUGGUAGAUUUGCGCCGGUUGCUGCAGCUGCCGUGGCUAUACAGCAGGACAAUAAAGCAAAAGAGGCCGCAGCCACUGCCGCCCAAGUAAUAGAAGAGACCAAGAUUGGAAAGGCUGAGGCUGAAGUCGAGAAGAUUGGUCUGCAGAAGAAGGAAGACUCCGUGGACACUGACGAACCUGCCGCUGAAACCGGUGAUGAGGCUGUACCUGAGCCGGUAGUUGAAGCAGAGAGCAAAGAGGAAGAUAAACCGGAUGGUGAAGCGGCUGAAGAGGAUAACAAAGAGAAGGAGGCCGAAAGCGAGAAGAAGGUUGAGGUGGUUAUAGUGAAGCCACAGCAACAAGCUGCACCACAAAAAGAGGAAACGCCAACACCCGAAGUCAUUAAACCCAGCAAAGCCGGCAAGGGUAAACCUGACAAGCCACGUGCCGAGGUAAAGCCUGUAGUGCGUUCCCGCAUCGAUACCAAACCGCCGAAAUCAAUGGAGCGCAAGGGCCUUAGGAAGGAUUUGACCGCGGAUAAGAAGGCCUCACCAACUGCUACGCCACGUAAAGAGCCCGCAGCAACAAAACCGCGUGAUGUUAAGCCGCGUGUAGUUACACGCGCUACCAAAUCUAGCCCCAGCAGCACGCCGGCCAAGAGCGCCAAAGAUGCUAACAAUCGCAAGGUGCUCGAGUCCAAGCAACAAGCUACACGUCAGGCUACCAGCACCUCUACUACCACAACAACACGCCGCGAGACCACGCGUACCAGUGCUGCUGAACGCAAAGAGACACGUACCCAGCAACAACAAGUGCAGCAGCGUAAGCCAAUUUCACGGCGGCCACGCGGUGCUUCGCCAACGAAGCGUGCACCUGGCAGUCCCAUCAAAUCAGUUAAACCCAAAGCGGAUUUGAAAAAGUCGCGUUUGGACAAAGGUGGCACCACCGACUCCAGUUUGGUUUCCACGCCAUCAGCCGAUGAGGCGACUGCUGCCAAGAAGCUGCAGGACUUGACCGCCUCACAAGAACUCGACGCCGAAAAGCAACGCGAACUCGAUGAUCUGAAGGAAGAGCAAGAGGUCGUGCGGGAAAUCGAAGCGGUCUUUAGCCGCGAUGAAAUGAAACGUCAGAAGCAGUUGGCUGCGGAAAUGCGCAAGAUCUCCAAGCAGGACAGCACUACUGAGGCCGAGGAGGAGGAAGAGUAUCUGAUAAUUGAAAAAGAAGAAAUCGAUCAGUACACUGAGGACUCGAUAGUAGAGCAAGAGAGCAGCAUAACGAAGGAAGAAGAAAUACAAAAGCAUCAGCGCGAUUCCCAAGAGUCGGAAAAGAAACGCAAAAAGAGCGCCGAAGAGGAAAUCGAAGCUGCAAUUGCCAAAGCUGAGGCCGAAGAGCGCAAGGCACGGCUAGAGGGUGCUGAAGCGGAGGCAGAAGCUGGAGAAGAGGAAGUCGAUGAUGAAGAGAAGGCUGCAGAACCUGAACACAAGAUAACCAUACCUGACAAGUCAGAGAUUAAAGCUGAAGUACAAGAAAUAAUCACUGCAGCCAAAGAUAUAGUCACUACGCGCACUGAAGAACAAAUUAAAGCUGAGGAAGAACUCUCCUCGCCCACGCAUGAGGAAAAAAUAAGCAGCGCUAAGAAAACUUCCGACACCAAAGAUGAACCCAUAGAACAACCUGAGAUCCUACCUGCCAACCUACAAGAAAGUCUACCAGAAGAAAAGUUCUCCGCCACAAUCGAGUCGGGCGCUACCACAGCGCCAACGCUUCCUGAAGACGAACGCAUACCGCUUGAUGAAAUCAAAGAAGACCUUGUUAUUGAAGAAAAGUAUGUGAAGGAGGAAACAAAGGAGGCCGAGCAUGCAGCUGGAGCUGAGGCUUUGGCCGCUAAGCCAACGGAACCCAUUGUAACGGCAGCUGGUAUUGUCAUUGAGAAGGUCGCGGAGCCAGUAAUUGUCGGUUUAGCCACUGCGGAACGUGUGCUACCAAUGAAGAUGACCUUCGAAGCUCAACAGAACCUCUUACGCGAUGUGGUGAAGACUCCAGAUGAAGUCGCUGACUUACCGGUGCACGAGGAAGCUGACUUGGGUGUGUACGAAAAAGACACUCAGGAUAGUGGAAAGGUUAUUUCACACAAAGAAGAAAUUACAAAAGAGGAAAAAGAAGCUGAGGAAAAAGAUACAUAUGAGGAGAAGGAAGUAGAAGUUGAAGAAAAAGAGGAAACCGAAGCGGAAGUCGAAGUCGAAAAAAAUAUUGCAGAGAAAAAGUCGUCCGCUUCACCCGCAGAAAAACCACCAUCUCAUUCAGAGAAAGUAUUAUCGCCUGCUAAAAAAUCUGUUUCGCCAGCUGAGAAGCCACCAUCGCCUUCCGAAACACCUGCAUCCCCAGCUGAGGAGGCAGCUUCACCAGCAGAGCUACUAGCUUCUCCUACAGACAAGGCCCCAUCGCCUGCCGAAAAAUCCGUUUCUCCAGCUGUUACCAUACCUUCGCCUGAAGAGAAACCUUCAUCCCCUGCAGAGAAAACACUAUCGCCUGCCGAAAAGACUGUAUCCCCAGCUGAGAAGUCGGCUUCACCCGCAGAGCAACCAGCAUCUCCCACUGAGAAGGCACCAUCGCCUGCUGAAAAAGAUGUGUCCCCUACUGAGAAGGCACCAUCGCCUGCCGAAAAAGAUGUAUCACCAGCUGAAAAGGAACCUUCACCUGCUGAAAAAACUCUAUCCCUAGCUGAUAAGGCAACUUCACGCCCAGAGAAACCCGCAUCGCCUACAGAGAAGGAGCCAUCGCCUGCGGAAAAAGAGGUAUCCCCAGCUGAGAAGGCACCUUCGCCUGCUGAAAAGGCUGCUUCACCCCCAGAGAGACCCGCAUCGCCUACAGAGAAGGAGCCAUCGCCUGCAGAAAAAGAUGUAUUGCCAGCUGAGAAGGCACCUUCGCCUGCAGAAAAAGAUGUAUCCCCAGCUGAGAAGGCACCUUCGCCUGCAGAAAAACCCGCUUCCCCAGCUGAGAAGUCGCCUUCACCCGCAGAGAAACCGGAAUCCCCUACAGAGAAGGCCCCAUCGCCUGCUGAAAAAGAUGUACCCCCAGCUGAGGUGGAACCAUCACCUGCUGAAAAGGCUGCUUCACCAUCAGAGAAACCUCUAUCUCCUACUGAGAAAGUACCUUCACCUGCCGAAAACGAUGUAUCCCCAGUUGAGAAGGAAAGUUCGCCUGCAGAAAAACCUGCUUCCCCUGCAGAGAAGGCAUCAUCUCUUCCCGAAAAAGACGUAUCCCCAGCUGAGGUGGAACCAUCUCCUGCUGAAAAGGCUGCUUCGUCUUCAGAUAAAUCUGUAUCUCCUGCUGAUGUACCUUCACCUGCCGAAAAAGAUGUAUCUCCAGCUGAGAAGGCACCAUCGCCUGCAGAGAAACCUACAUCCCCUACAGAGGAGGCACCAUCGCCUGCCAGAAAAGAUGUAUCCCCAGCUGAGGUGGAACUAUCUCCUGCUGAAAAGGCGGCGUCGCCUUCAGAAAAAUCUGUAUCUCCUACUGAGAAGGUAGGGUCACCAGCCGAAAAAGAUAUAUCUUCAGCUGAGAAGGCACCUUCGCCUGCAGAAAAAUGUGCUCCCCUUGAAGAGAGGGCACCAUCGCCGGCUGGAAAAGAUAUAUCCCCAGCUGAGAAAGCACCUUCGCCUGCAGAGAAACCUGCAUUCCCUACAGAGGAGGCAUCAUCGCCUGCCUUAAAAGAUAUAUCACCAGCUGAGAAGGAUGCUUCUCCUGCAGAUAAGGCAUCAUCUCUUUCAGAAAAAGACGUAUCCCCAGCUGAGAAGGAACCAUCUCCUGCUGAAAAGGCUACUUCACCCUCAGAAAAAGCCGCAUCUUCUACAGAGAAGCCACCAUCGCCCUCUGAAAAAGCUCCUUCUCCAGCUGAGAAAGUCACUUCACCCGAAGAAAAAACAGCUUCACCUACCAAGAAGGAACCUUCCACUGUCACAGAAGAGACAGCUGCAAAAGAAUCGCGCAAGUCGACAAGCACACCUGAAGAAAAGGGGGGCAGUGAAGUUACAUCUGAAGAUGAAUUACCUGCCCAUGUACUUGCAGCUAUUGAUUCCACUAAGCCCAAGGAUCUAGAGGACACUGUCUCCAUCGAUAGUCCUGCGACUAUUGAAGAAGCUAUUGAGGUGGAAAUGCAGAAGUCCCUACAAGCAAGCAGAAAAGCCUCACAAGAAAUCAAAGAAGUUCAGGCUAAAUCAGAAUCUCGUAAAGCGUCUGUUGUAUUAGAUCAGGAUGAGAAGAAAGGGGUAAAACCUACUCCCUCACCAAAAGAAGCUUCCACAUUUGAAAGUAGCAUUGAUGAAAAAUCACCAGCAGCAUCAGAUGGAACUUCUCGUAGGGCAUCUGCGGUAACGGAUGAAAAGUCCGCGCUUCCAUCGGCCGAAGCUUCACGUCGAGAAUCUGCUGUUGAGAGUGUUAAAGAUGAAAAGUCUGCGGCUACCUCCAAAGAACCAUCGCAAUCUGGCUCGAUUCCCGAAAGCGUUAAAGAUGACAAAUCGCCCACCGCGUCGAAGGAGGUUUCAAGGCCGGAGUCCGUUGCUGAAAGCGUUAAAGAUGAAAAAUCAGCUCCCGUAUCUACGGAAGCCUCUCGGCCAGCUUCUGUUGCUGAUGAAGCUGAUAAAUUAGAAGCGGAGACUGUGUCAUCUCCUGUUGACACAGCUCCAGUUAAGAUUGAUCCAUCCGCGCUUACACUAGACCUAGAAGUUGUGAAAAGCGAUGCCAAACUGCCAACGUCGUCUAGUCCGGUUGACGUAGCCGAAGGCGAUUUCCCCGAAGUUAAAGAGACAUCCACUGAAAGUAAAAAAGUUCCCGCAGAAGACACUGCUGUUUCAGGUGCAGAAACAGUUUCUACACCAGUAGACGAAGCAAAAGAUCUCAAAACUGACACUGCUUCCAUGGUUUCGCGUCCUGAAAGCCCUGAAGGAGAAAAGUCACCAGCCAUCACCAAAGACAGCUCCCGAGGACCAUCUGAGGAUACAGUUCCAGAAGAGAAAGUCAAGCAAUCUCCUGUGGUCGUUAAAGAGGUAUCGAGUGUCGAUGACGUCAAAGAAGAAAUAUCUCCAUUUACUUCGAAAGCAGAAUCUGCCACUACGAGCGUCAAAGAUGAGAAGUCGCCAGUGGCUUCAAAAUCGGAUUCUGCUGUUGCGAGCGUGAAGGAUGAGAAGUCACCUGUCGCAUUGCAGCCAGAGACCGCUGAUGCGAACGUCAAAGAUGAAAAGUCGCCAGAGGCUUCGACAGAAGUUUCAAGGCCUGAAUCAGUUUCCGUUAGUGAGAAAGAUGAUAAAUCUGCUCUUGCCUCAAAAGAACCUUCCAGACCAGAAUCUGCCGCAACGAGCGUAAAAGAUGAGAAGUCACCAGUGGCUUCAAAACCGGAAUCUGCUGCUGCAAGCGUUAAAGAUGAAAAGUCGCCAGAGGUUUCGAAAGAAGUUUCAAGGCCUGAGUCCGUUUCCGAGAGUGUAAAACAAGAUGAAUCUCCUCUUGCUUCAAAAGAGCCUUCUAGGCCAGAGUCCGCUGCCGAAAGCGUCAAAGAUGAAAAGUCACCAGUAGCUUCAAAACCGGAAUCUGCUGCUGCGAGCGUCAAAGAUGAAAAGUCGCCAGGGGCUUCAAAACCGGAGUCUGCUGCUGCGAGCGUCAAAGAUGAAAAGUCGCCUGUAGCUUCGAAAGAAGUUUCGCCACCCGCUUCUGCUGCUGAGAGUGUAAAAGAGGAUAAAUCUCCAAUCGCUUCGAAAGAACCUUCACGACCCGCGUCUGCUGCCGAAAGUGUCAAAGAUGAAAAGUCACCAGUAGCUUCGAAAGAAGUUUCGCCACCCGCUUCAGCUGCUGAGAGUGUAAAAGAGGAUAAAUCUCCAAUCGCUUCGAAAGAACCUUCAAGACCCGCGUCUGCUGCCGAAAGUGUCAAGGAUGAAAAGUCGCCUGUGGCUUCAAAACCGGAGUCUGCUGCUGCUAGCGUCAAAGAUGAAAAGUCACCAGUAGCUUCGAAAGAAACAUCCAGGCCGGAAUCCGUCGCUGAAAGUAUCAAAGAUGAAAAAUCCCCAAUCACCUCUAAGGAAGUUUCUCGUCCCGCAUCUGUUGCAGAAAGUGUGCAAGAUGAAGCUGAUAAAGGGGAAGCCGAAACCGUUUCGUCCCCAGUUGAUAAAGCCCCAACUAAGAUACAACUAGAAGAACUUUUGCUAGAAAAAGUUACACCCGAAAGCAAACUUCCAACAACGUCAACUCCAGUAGAUGUUGCCGAAGGCGAAUUCCCAGAGACUAAAGAAAAAACUGUCGAAACAAAACAAGCUCCCGCAGAGGAAGCAACUGUCGGUAGUGCAGAAACAGUAUCAACUCCAAUCGAUGAAGCGAAAGAGCUAGUUGCAGAGCCUUCCGAGGUAGCACCACGUCCUGAAAGCCCUGAAGUUGCAAAAUCUGCAGCAAUCUCCAAAGAGAGUUCCAGACGACCUUCAGAAGGGGAAGUUAAGGAGGAGCGGGACUCAAAACCAGGAUCUGACGCGACGAGGAUAAAAGAUGAAAAAUCACCAACCGAAACAAAGGAAACAACUCCAGCCGCUUCCGUCGCCGAUAGCUUGAAAGAUGAAAAGUCUCCAACUGCUUCCAAGGAAACCUCCCGUCCAGAAUCCGUGGUCGAGCAUGUGAAGGACGACAAGUCGCCAAUCACUUCCAAACCAGCAUCUGCUGCCGAGAGUGUCAACGAUGAGAAAUCGCCAGCUGCUUCCAAGGAAUCCUCACGACCAGAAUCAGUUGCCGAGAGUGUAAAAGAGGAAAAAUCGCCACACGCUUCUGCUGCCGAGAGCGUAAAGGACGAGAAAUCUGCAGACGCUUCCCAGGAAGCCUCGCGACCAGUUUCCGUCGCUGAUAGUUCCAAAGACGACAAGUCGCCAAUCGCUUCAAAGCCGGCCUCGGCUGCUGAGAGCGUUAAAGAUGAGAUAUCAGCAGCUGCUUCCAAGGAAGUUUCACGACCAGAGUCUGUGGCGGAAAGUGUGAAGGAUGAGAAGUGGCCAAUUGCUUCCAAGCCAGCGUCCGCGGCCGAGAGUGUGAAGGACGAGAAAUCCCAAGCUUCUUCCAAGGAAGCCUCACGCCCAGAGUCCGUAGCCGGAAGUGUAAAGGACGACAAGUCACCAAUUGCUUCCAAACCGGCGUCUACAGCCGAGAGCAUGAAAGACGAAAAAUCUCCAGCUGCUUCAAAGCCGACGUCCGCUGCAGAGAGCAUGAAAGACGAGAAAUCUCCAGCUCCUUCCAAGGUAGCCUCACGCGCAGAGUCAGUAGCGGAAAGUGUAAAGGAUGACAAAUCACCAGUCGCUUCCAAAGAAGCUUCUCGACCAGAAUCCGUUGUUGGUAGUAUUAAAGGUGACAAAUCACCAAUCGAGGAGGAAGAAGUCGAAACUGAAUCAACUCCCGUUGACAAAGCGGCAAUUAGGAUGGAAGAUCUUCAAUUAGCAUUGGAUAUGGAAAGUGCUAAACUAGAAGUUAAGCUGCCAACUAAAUCAACUCCUGUAGAUGUGGCUGAUGGUGAGUUUCCUGAGGCUGUAAAAGCCACAGGCAAACUCCAAGAUGACACAAAGGCACCUGCGGAAAGCGCUGCACUCAGUGUUACGGAAACUGUCUCGAGUCCGGUGGACGAAGCUAAGGACUUAAUUGAUAUUGGCGCAGAUGCAGAAGAAGCCGAAAAAGAAAAGGUCGCGAGUGUAGAAGACGAAGUUAAGGCUUCAGUGGCAGAUUCUAUCAAAACCUCGAUGGAAGUUGCUGAGGGAGUAGAAGAAAAGGUAGAAACUGACAUCGGCGAGGCUGUCAAGAUAACCGAAAAAGAUGUGGUCGAUGAAUCUGUGAAGACUGUAGAUGAAGUAACCGAAAUGGGUAAACGCAAAGCAGAGACUGUGCUCGAAGAAGUAACAAAGACAAUCGAAGCUUUAAAAGAAGCAGUUGAAGAUAAGGCAAAAAUGGCGACCGUUGAAUUUAUUAGCAAAGUCGACGAAAUCAGUGAGAAACCGGAAGACAAAACCACAGCUGACGUUGAUGAAGUGAUCACAACCAUUGAAGAAGCUAAGAAAGAAGUUGAAGAAAGCACCAAAUCUAUAGCUAAAGAACUGGUUAAGGAAAUAGAAGAAGAGACAGAAAAAGUAGAGGAAAAAACCAAAUCUGUCGCUGAAGAGGUAACCAAGAAAGCCGAAGAAGGAGCACAAAAACUGGACGAACUUACAACAACUGCUGGCGAAGUGGUUGCAAAGGAAGAAGAAGAAAUAACUGCAAAAGUAGAGGACUUGAAAAAAUCUGCUGAAGAAAAAGGUAAAACAGUAGUCGAAGAAAUUUCGCAGAAGGUUGAAGAAGUAACUAAAGCAGUAGAAGACGUGAAGCAAGUCGCCGAAGACAUAACUACCUCGGUAACCAAGGAAGUCACCGAGAAGGUAGAAGAAGUUUCGAAGGCCGUUGAAGACAAAAUAACACCAGUUUCUGAGGCAGUAAUAAAAACCACUGACGCAGUGUCUGAGAAGCUUGAAGAGGUAAAAGCACAGGCGACGGAGGAAGCACAGGCGGCUGAGAAAGAAAUCAUUGCGGAGGUGGCUGCCGUAACCAUGACAAUUAAAGAUAUCCAAACGACAGCAGCUGACAAAGUUAAAGCAGCAACAGAAAAAGUUGAAGAAGUGAAAGAAGCUGCGGAAGAAAAAAUGAAAAGCGUCACCGAAAGUGUGAGCAAGCUCAUAGACGACACGCAAGAAACCACAGAAGAAGUAACGAAACGCGCUAGCGCCGCUAUUGAUACCGCGAAAUCCGAUAUUUCCGGUGGCAUUAGCGGUUUUUUCGAGGACGUCAAGAGCAGUAUUUUUGGUACAGCGGAGAAGAAACAAGAAGAGCCAAAAGAGGUCACAGAAGAAAUAACAAAAUCCGAGAAAGUAGAACUCGAGUCGGUGCCGCCAUCUUCCAAACUACCACUCGAAUUGGGCACAUUCUCGACCGAAUUGCGUGAAACACACAUAACUACGGUAGAAUCCCCAGAGUUCAAGGUGACACUUACUGAGCGCGAUGAAACCAUUUUGCAUGAUAUCAAAGAAGAAGAUGAGGAGCAUAGGGUUUCGCCACCAACGACCAAACCAGCAUUGGAAAUGGAGCAGCCACUGCGACCGGUGUCACCACGUGAAGUAGAGGUAUUCAAGAUUGUAGCCGAUGUGGCGAAGGUGCUGAAGUCCGAGAAAGACAUCACUGAAAUUAUACCCGACUUCGAUGAGCAAAAGUUAGAGCAACGCCUUAAAACACCAGAAGAACAAGAGCAAGAAAGUGCUACUGUUCAGCGUAUGUUGGUAACGGCCAGCAGCGAAGAUGGCGGAGAGGAAAUAGACAUCUGUCCUAAGGGCAGCAUAGUUUUUACACCAACAAUGGUUCCCGAAGCGAUAGCAGAAAAGACCUCACCCAUCAAACCACUUGACAUCGAUUAUAAACACUUCCAAGAAGAUGCAGCCGCUGACGAUUCAGAAAAGUCUUCCCCUGAAUUGCGUUCUGGGCCCAUUUCUAUUGAAGAAAAGGAUAAAGUAGAAGAGUCAGAAAAAAUGUUGCGCAAAGUUGCUGAAACUAAAGACGCUACUGAAGUUGUCACUAUUGAUAUCACAAAAUCUGAAAAGGUUGAAGAAACCACUGUUUCAAAACCAGAAUCAGUUGUCGCCACUACCAACGGCAAGAAAGAGGAGAAGUCAUCAGCUCCAUCCAAAGAAUCCUCAAGACCAGAAUCGGUUGCAAGCACCAAAGAAGAGAAUAUUGAAGACAAAGAGGUGGAAACUGCAGCAUCCCGCAGAACGUCGAUUGUUUCUACAGCCGAAAGCAAAAAGGAUGAAAAGUCUUCAGCUACAUCCAAAGAAACCUCACGACCUGAAUCCGUUGCCAGCACCAAAGAAGAGAAUGUUGCAGAGUCUGUGGAGUCUCGGCGGGAAUCAGUACUCUCGACUGCUGAAAGUAAGAAGGAAGAAACCGCAGAGUCUCGCCGAGAGUCAGUUCUUUCUACUGCUGUAAGCAAAAAAGAUGAUAAAUCUCCAGCUUCAUCCAAGGAACCCUCACGACCAGAAUCUGUUGCUAGCUCCAAAGAAGAGCAGAUUGAAGAGUCCGUCGAAUCUCGGCGGGAAUCAGUACUCUCGACUGCUGAAAGUAAGAAGGAAGAAACCGCAGAGUCUCGCCGAGAGUCAGUUCUUUCUACUGCUGUAAGCAAAAAAGAUGAUAAAUCUCCAGCUUCAUCCAAGGAACCCUCACGACCAGAAUCUGUUGCUAGCCCCAAAGAAGAGAAGAUUGAAGAGUCCGUCGAAUCUCGGCGAGAAUCAGUAAUCUCGACUGCCGAAAAAAAGAAGGAAGAAGCGGCAGAGUCUCGCCGAGAGUCGGAUCUUUCUACUGCUGAAAGCAAGAAGGACGAUAAGUCUCCAGUCCCAUCCAAGGAACCCUCACGACCAGAAUCUGUUGCUAGCUCCAAAGAAGAGAAGAUUGAAGAGUCCGUUGAAUCUCGGCGGGAAUCAGUACUCUCGACUGCUGAAAGUAAGAAGGAAGAAACCGCAGAGUCUCGCCGAGAGUCGGAUCUUUCUACUGCUGAAAGCAAGAAGGACGAUAAGUCUCCAGUCCCAUCCAAGGAACCCUCACGACCAGAAUCUGUUGCUAGCUCCAAAGAAGAGAAGAUUGAAGAGUCCGUUGAAUCUCGGCGGGAAUCAGUACUCUCGACUGCUGAAAGUAAGAAGGAAGAAACCGCAGAGUCUCGCCGAGAGUCGGUUCUUGCUACUGCAGAAAGCAAAAAGGACGAUAAGUCCCCAGUUCCAUCCAAGGAACCCUCACGACCAGAAUCUGUUGCUAGCUCCAAAGAAGAGAAGAUUGAAGAGUCCGUCGAAUCUCGGCGAGAAUCAGUAAUCUCGACUGCCGAAAGUAAGAAGGAAGAAACAGCAGAGUCUCGCCGAGAGUCGGUUCUUUCUACUGCUGAAAGCAAGAAGGAUGAUAAGUCUCCAGCUACAUCCAAGGAACCUUCACGACCAGAAUCUGCUGCUAGCAUCAGAGAAGAGAAGAUUGAAGAGUCCGUCGAAUGUCGGCGAGAAUCUGUACUCUCGACUGCCGAAAGCAAGAAGGAAGAAUCUUCAGAGUCUCGCCGGGAGUCGGUUAUGUCUGCCGCAGAAAGCAAGAAAGACGACGAGUCUCCAGCUCCAUCAAAGGAACCCUCACGACCAGAAUCUGUUACUAGCACCAAAGAGGAGAAGAUUGAAGAGUCGGUCGAAUCUCGGCGGGAAACAGUACUCUCUAUUGCCGAAAGUAAGAAGGAAGAAACCACAGAAUCUCGCCGAGAGUCGGUUCUUUCUACUGCAGAAAGCAAGAAGGGCGAUAAGACUCCAGUCCCAUCCAAGGAACCCUCACGACCAGAAUCUGUUGCCAGCACUAAAGAAGAGAAGGUUGAAGAGUCCGUUGAAUCUCGGCGGGAAUCAGUACUCUCUACUGCUGAAAGUAAGAAGGAAGAAACCGCAGAGUCUCGCCGAGAGUCGGUUCUUUCUACUGCAGAAAGCAAGAAGGACGAUAAGUCCCCAGUUCCAUCCAAGGAACCCUCACGCCCAGAAUCUGUUGCUAGCACUAAAGAAGAGAAGAAGGAAGGUAGUGCUGAGUCUCGCCGAGAGUCGGUUCUUUCUACUGCUGAAAGCAAGAAGGACGACAAGUCUCCAUCUCUAUCCAAGGAACCCUCACGACCAGAAUCUGUUGCUAGCACUAAAGAAGAAAAGGUUGAAGAGUCCGUCGAAUCUCGACGGGAAUCAGUACUCUCGACUGUUGAAAGUAAGAAGGAAGAAACCGCAGAGUCUCGCCGAGAGUCGGUCCAAUCUACUGUAGAAAGCAAGAAGGACGACAAGUCUCCAGUUCCAUCCAAGGAACACUCACGACCAGAAUCUGUUGCUAGCACAAAAGAGGAGAAGAUUGAAGAGACCGUUGAGUCACGGCGGGAAUCACUACUCUCGACUGCCGAAAGUAAGAAGGAAGAAACCGCAGAGUCUCGCAGAGAGUCGGUUCUUUCUACUGCUGCAAGCAAAAAAGAUGAUAAAUCUCCAGCUUCAUCCAAGCAAUCCUCACGGCCAGAAUCUGUUGCUAGCACUAAAGAAGAAAAGGUUGAAGAGUCCGUCGAAUCUCGACGGGAAUCUGUACUCUCGACUACCGAAAGUAAGAAGGAAGAAACCGCAGAGUCUCGCAGAGAGUCGGUUCUUUCUACUGCUGCAAGCAAAAAAGAUGAUAAAUCUCCAGCUUCAUCCAAGCAAUCCUCACGGCCAGAAUCUGUUGCUAGCACCAAAGAAGAGAAGACUGAAGAUUCCGUCGAAUCUCGGCUGGAAUCAGUACUCUCGUCCGCCGAAAGUAAGAAGGAAGAAUCCUUAGAAUCUCGCCGAGAGUCGGUUGUCUCCACUGCAGAAAGCAAGAAGGAUGAUAAGGCUCCAGCUUCGUCGAAAGAAACUUCGCGGCCAGAAUCUGUUGCCAGCACCGAAGGAGAGAAAGUUGAAGAAUCUGUCAAGUUUCGGCCUGAAUCAGUACUCUCAACUGUCGAAUCUAAGAAGAAAGAAACCGCAGAUUCUCGCCGAGAGUCGGUUAUUUCUGCAGCUGAAAGCAAGAAAGAUGAUAAGUCCCCAAUUUCUUCCAAAGAAUCUUCUCGACCUGAAUCCAGCCACGUAAGCGCCAAAGAAGAAAAGAUGGAGGAAGCGGUUCAAUCACGCCCUGCAUCAGUUCAGUCCCCUGUUGAAUCUAUUAAUAUUGACAAAACAGCAACGGCGCCAAAAGAAGUUUCUCGUUGCGAGUCAGUCGCCAGACAUGCUAGUAUAACGGAAGAGAAAGUGGUAGAGUCCGCGGGGUCAAGUGCGCAAAGUCAUAAAGAAGAAUCAGUAGAGGCCCGAAUACAAAUAGUUAGCGAAUCAGCCGCCAUUCGCCUGACUGAAGAGCAUGGCGAGUCUAAAUCUAAGGUGGCAACAAUAACACAGGAAACUUCUGAAGCCAUUUCCAGUUCGAGCCAAACCUCCGGUAUUCAAAAGAAAGCAGAUUCCUUUAAAUUAGCGCACACACUAUCUUCUUGUACAGAGGCAUCGACAGUUGUGAGCAAAUCUAUUGACUCCUCAGUGCGUACCCAACUACGGCAGGAAUCUCACAGCGAAUCAGUGAGUAGUGUUAAGGUGGAAGAUAGUUCAUCAAGAGAAUCGCUUAUCAGUUUUGCAACCGAGAAGGAAAGUAGUCGAACUGCUGAAGAGAAAAAAUCUGAGGAAUCUCUAGUCAAGACUGUGAAAACAGAAUUCGUUUCCCAGACUGAAGAUUUGAUGACACAUUCGGAGGAAUGUUCGUCGGAAUCCGUCGUAAGUGAAAUUCAGACAGACUCACACUCUUCAAAGACAACUGCCAAGCAAAGUAGUACCGCAGAACUCGACAGCAAAGAAAGCUUAAAAGAGACCGUUGCUGAAUUCCUAGCAACCGAGAAAAUCAUCUCGACCAAGGAGAGCUUAGUAAGCGAUGCAAAAACUUCAAAAUCUUCGGAUGAAAGUCUAGAGAAGACUACUGCAAGCGCUACAGUCAAGUCCACCACCGCAUCGCGUAGAGCAUCCGAUUUUGCGGCCAGUAUAAAAGACAGCUCGAGAAGAGGGUCCGAAUUCAGUCAAACGAGUGACGGACGAAACACGCAUAGCGAUCACGAAGACGAUGAUAAGGAUGACGGCGUAGUUAGUGUGAAAGAGGGGCGUUCCAAGUCUAUAGCCACAAUAAUGAUGACUAGCAUCUAUAAGCCAUCCGAGGAAGUAGGAGCAUUUGAGAAACUAGAGGAGGAAAGUGAAGAGCAUGCAGAAUCCGUGGAAGAAAUCAAAUCAUCUAUCACGACAACCACACAUAGUCAAGUGCUGAGGUCCAGCGAGCAGGUUAGCUCAGCUAGCUCGGAGCUCAAGUCAAAGACAUCAACACAAUUGGAUACCAUAAUACUUACACAACCACUGGGGAGCGAUCCGAAAACUCCACCCACUGCGCCAGUGAGUCCAGGCAUAAGACACUCGACAACAUGCGCCAGCACAGCCACAACCACAACGUUGAGCGAAACGUGCGGCAGCAGCGCGGCGUCUGUGAGCGGUCCCCUAUCACCAAAAGAUUUUAGCGGUAAGUCCAGUCCAGGUGCACUUACCUCUGAGAGUCAAUCAAUACCGACACCAAAAGGUCGCGGUUCCUUUUCAGAUACAUCCGAGUCUUCACCCAAGCCUACUUCGCCAUUUCCGCGCGUCACGAAAGAUGAUCUGAAGACCAUGACCGCUACCAUUACCGAGGCCACCAGCUCUGGCGCCUUUUCUGCACAAGAAUUCGCCGAAGAACUAUUACCCGACUUGCAUGAACAGCGCGGCAUCGAGAAGACAACCGCACUCAGCAGCAGCACCGAGAAAAUCAUAACAACAACAAUAACCACAGUGACAAAGGUGAUCUCCAGCGAUGGCAAAGAAAUAGUCAUGGAAGAAAAGACUGUCACCACCACAGACACCACUGAGCCGGAUGGCGAAAAAGUAACUGUGACCACAACACGCACUACCAGCGAGAGCGACAAGAGCGACCACAUACUGCCCAAGGAGGUAGCAAUUCUGCGAGGCACCUACCGCUCUUCCACACCCGGGAGCGACGAUGAACGCAUGACCGGCGCCUACAUGAGCGAUGAUGAGUUGCCCGCUUCACCACGCAGCAUUGCAUCCUCACACGGUGCCAGCUACGAAUUGCAGCGCUCCAGCUCGGGUGUGAGUAAACGCUCCGACUUUGACGUAGACGACAGUCAAGAUGACAUACCACCACAAUAUGGCAGCGAAGAGCACUCAGCCGCGCGCGCAAUUUCGUCCACAACCGCCAGCUGCCUGCAGAAAAUUCCCGACCCGAUGAGCACCUCAUUCUAUGGUGCGCUGCCUGAUAGCUUUGACGCAAAGCCCACAGCACCUAUACCAAUCUGUGGCACCACGACGCAUACGGUAACCACACGCACCUACGUUGCCGACUCACCUGCCAGCCAAUCAACGGAAAGCUUUGAAAGCACUAGCCAGACUUCCGCCAGUCGUCAGAUAAUCAGCGGUGGUACACGCGCCAGUGUUGACAGUGGCGAUCAUAAAUUCCUGGAAGAAGCCGAUAUGGAUUUCGAGAAGGCGCUUGAGGAGCAUGUACAAGUGCGCGGCGCUGAUGUGAUGUCUUCGGUGACUGCCAAGUACUCGUACUCACCCUCGAAAGCGGAAGAGGUGGAGCAAAGUGUUGCUAGCGUAGAAAAGCCUAAAUUCCCGCUUGUGGAUGUGCAGAAGACGCGCUUCACCGAGCCGGGCACAGCAGCGAGCAGCACCAGCAAAGUCGAAAGCGCAACAGAAAGUAAAGACAGCAAGACAACAAUUACUACAACUACGACCACUACCAGCGUAAGCGCAGACAGCGCCAGUUCUAUAGCUGCCAGCGAGACCACCACAACUACGACGACAACAACUACCGCUACCGGAGCACUGCCUAAAGACCCACUGAAGGAAUGGGGUAAACCCCUAGGACUGCCAUCACCUGCACCGCUGCCCGUCGAGGGUGAUGUGCGCACCACACCGAAAAAGGAACGCCGGCUAGUGGCUACCAAAACCCGACUGAACAACGAAAAAAAUCUGCGCAAACGUUCCGAAUCGCCAAAUAAGGCCAAGAAACCGGCCCCAGUGUAUGUGGAUCUCACCUACGUACCACACAAUGGCAACUCCUACUACUCACACGUCGAAUUCUUCAAGCGCGUGCGCGCGCGUUACUAUGUCUUCUCGGGCACCGAGCCCAGCCGGCAGGUGUACGAUGCACUGUUGGAGGCUAAGCAGACGUGGGAGGACAAAGAGUUGGAGGUCACCAUAAUACCCACAUACGACACCGAUGUGCUCGGCUAUUGGGUCGCCGAGAAUGAGGAGCUUUUAGCCAAGUGUCGCAUUGAUUUGUCGCCUUCAGCAUCGCGUUGCACAAUUAACUUGCAGGAUCACGAGACAUCUUGUGCCGCCUACCGCUUAGAAUUCUAGGCCACGGGGAUGUUCAUUUCAUUCGCCGACGCCGAGAAUCUCAUACAACUCUACAAUUAAAAGCUUAACACUCUACUAAACAUAAUAUAUUAAGUCACAAAAAA